AAACAAUAAUGUCGAUAAGAGCUUGAUCACACAGAUGUUCAUAUCUCUGACAUUACGGAGUACCAUUUACGUGUGGACGGCUCCAAAUUCUCAAAGUUGCCUGCAAAUUUUCUCUGAACGGAAUUAUCGCCAUCCUAAGCAAACUUUGGGUAAAUGUCAACGUUCCGUGAUCAAAGAAACUGCAAGUGAAAUUUCUGUGACCUUAUUUAUUUUUCGUGUGAAACGAGUGUCGUCUUCGAUAAAAGCUACGAAACGAAACGUUCUCAUCAACCGCUGGCGGUGUCGACUGGUCAUCAGACAUGGAGAGAGUUUUCUUCUAUAUACCUAAUUUGAUUGAUUAUGUGCGGAUUAUUCUCAAUCUAGCGUCUUUUUACAACAUGACGGAAAGGCCAUUUCUAACUGUUGCUCUUUAUUUCUCUGGUGGAAUAAUAUUAGACGUUGCUGAUGGAGUAUCAGCCCGGUACUUUAAACAGUGUUCCAAAUAUGGGGAGCUGUUGGAUUUUCUUCUUGAUAGGUGUGGUAGGGUAGCAAUGAUGAUGGCACUGUGUGCGUUCUACCCUCAACACUUGUUUUUAUUACAGCUGCUGGUUUGUUUAGAAGUUACAGGGAGUUUUUCAAAUCUUUAUAGAUGCGCGCUGGUAUUACAUCCGGAUGAUGUUUCUGCAAAGACACGCUCGCAAGAUCCAUGGCUGGUGAGGAUUUUCUUUAAGGAACCCAUUACAACACUGGUAAUUGUUGGCCAAGACGUUUGUGUUGCUAUGCUGUAUCUCCUUCACUUUUCUCCAGGACCAGUAGUUUCUCUGGGUGGAACCUCGUACAGUCUUUGGCUCUUAAUGGCUCGGAUUUUUUCUCCCUUUUUAAUCUACCGCCAAGUGAUUGUCUGUAGCCUUUUGCUCCUUCGAUCAUUCGGCGACUUAGCUGAACUGCAUCCUCAGCAAGCGACAAGCGAUAAAAAAAGCUAAGUAAUAACAGCAACGCAAGUAUACA